AGGUUCGUGUGCAAAAGUCCCACGUGUGAGGCGCGUUAUCAGAAAGUGGCAUUUCUUCCAUUUUGGAACAAGUUCGUUGAGAGAUUUGUGUGAUUUCUGUAGUCCAUCAUGAGUUCCAGUGAGUGUUAUAAGUGCCACCGUACUGGACAUUUUGCUCGAGAGUGUACACAAGGAGAUGCAAGAGGAAGUGGAGGAGGAUACAGAGGACGUGGUGGUAGUGGUGGUGGCGGUGGCUUUCGGGGUGGUCGUAGUGCCCAGCGAGUGUCAUGUUACAACUGUGGAAGAUCUGGCCACAUUGCACGGGAAUGCAGGGAACAGGAUAAAACCUGCUAUACAUGUGGUAAUCAAGGCCAUAUCUCUCGCGACUGUGAGCAAGAUGACCGAAAGGUGAAGUGUUAUGUUUGUGGCAAGAAUGGUCACAUUUCACGAGACUGCCGAGAAGGGGACAGGGAUGACCGCAAGUGUUACAACUGCGGAGAGACUGGGCAUAUAAGUCGGGAUUGUCCAGAAGCAGGUGAAGGUGGUGAUGCUGAUAACACGGUCUGCUACCGUUGCAAUGAAAAGGGACACAUCGCUCGUAACUGUCGAUCCACUCAAACUGGCAGCAAGUGCUACCACUGUAACGAGUUUGGCCAUAUUGCCAGAGAUUGUGAACUCUAGGCAUAACCUCUUCUACUUACCCACGUCACAGCCUCUUGGUCGUUUAGCACAGAAGUAUAGUUGUUGGUGAUGUCUUCAGCAUUUGUUGGAAACCUGUUAUCAGAGUGGACUGAGCUGCCCUGUGACUUUGUCACAGUCAAACUAGUUGGAGUUUAGAUGUGGUGAAGGUUGUCGCCGUGGGAGAAUGGAAGUUUAACUUUUUUUUUUUUUUUCCCCUCCUACACUUGUGUGGUGUUAAUUUUUGUAAUUAACUCGGAAACGGCUACCCACUCAUAGCAUGUAGCCCAUAAUUUCGUGUUUAUUUUUUAUUUAAUCUUAAACAGUAUUUUCUGAUGGUCUGCUGUUCUUUUCUGUAAUAGGUAGUAGACCUUAUCUUUGUUGAGUUAUUAGGUGCAUAUCUAAUAUUGGAGAGUUACAUUCUCUUAUUGGGGAACAGAUGGUUCAGAAGGGACUUUCCAAGAGAUCACAUUGUGUCAAGUGAAAGAAUUGAGGGUGUCUUGAUAUUUUUGGUGAAUGGUUGACAGAUAAUCAGUUGGCCUUGACUUGUUCAGUGGCCUUUGUGAUUUUCUUUUAUGCCUUAAUUUUGGACCAGAUAUAAAAGAAUGUAACAUGAACUAUGUCUUAUUUUACCUUAUAUCAUUUUAAUGAUUAAAAUUGUUUAACAAAUAUGAUGAAAAAGGCAAAAUUCCAGUUAUCUUUUUUUUGUGUCACUGAGUAAAGAAUACUUAUUUCAAGUUAAUACCAGUACUAUAACUUAAAAGUAAAUAAAGUAUAACACAAUGCUUAAAAAACUUAACAUUAUUUAUGAUUGAAUGUCCAUAAUAUUUUGUGUUAUAUCCGGUUGCUCUUUAUUUACUCAGAUAGUAAGCCAUAAUAACUAAGUGAAAAAAACAUGGUGGUGACUUUUUUUUUCCCCGUCUAGAAUGAACUUCAUUUGAUGUAUAAGGUUAUCAAGUAGUUUUUGAAGUGUACGCUGAACAUGAUUUAGUUAUUUUUGAAAAUUCAAAGAUAAAAGUUGGUUGACGUUUAGAAAGUUAGGUGUUGUUUCUUUUGGUUACUGUCUUAUUACAAUCUUAAAAAAAUCAUUUUAUGUUUAUUUUUCACCAAAGCUUAAUAAACAUGUAGGAUUAGUGCCAGCUGGAGUAGUUUUGUUUUUUCCUCUAAUUAAACAAUUAUUAAAAAUGUCUGGUUGGAGCCAAGUGAAGUACAGUUGUUUUAUGAUUGCCAUCUGGUGUAUUUUUAUUGGACUAAAAAUAAGCUUUUUUGUUGAUAAAUUAUUUAAAAAUUUUUUUUAAAGAUUCAUUUCAUCUUUCAACUUAAAUGUCUUAGUGACUUAAUGAAAAAUGUUAGAUAAUAAACCCCAAAAAUGUCAUAGGUCUCGAGUCAAACUUUCUAGACUUUUUAUUUUAUUAACAGUCUAGUUAAAACGUUAUGGAAGUUGGUAUUGGUAGUGAAAUAGAAACUUUUCAGUGAUUGAGGAAUGAUGAAUAUGAAAAGUUAAUCCCAAGUUCUCUAUUCUCAUGUGAUCAGUACAUGUGAAAUUUUACUGUCACUAGUUUCUUUUCUGUCUUAUUAGAUUGUGAUUUUUAAAAUAAAGACAACAUUGGAUGCUUU